AUGGUUGUACGCUACAGUCUCAUGCAAUCGUUGCCUACUGGACGCAGAAGACGUAUCGAUGUCAACGGAGUUUCCCUCAUUGAUCUCAAGGCGGAAAUCGCCCGUCGUCAAAGCGAGGUAAAAACGAGGGCCACCACCAUCCCAAACGUCACAGGCGCGGUACUAAAGCGGGCUGGUGAUGGGAGCGGUGUAAAUGUCCUCCUUAGGCGGCCUCCCUCACCUUUCCAGAAAUUAAAGGCGAAAGAAGAGGUGUUUGGAGCGAAGGAGGCUACCGAGGAGGAUACUGACUGGGAGCGAGCUCGACGCAACCUGGAGGCGAAGGCUCGUCUCUACGAAGCUCUGAAACAAGCUGCUAUUACGCAUAGUAAGGAGGGGGAUGAUGACGAUGACAGAGCUCCUCUUGUUGAUUUUGGACGGAAGGCUGUGGAGGAGAAACAAUGCAUCACCGACUCCAGUGAUGAGGAUGCGGAUGAGGAUCGUAGUGGUCCCUGUCAAGCAAGACCAUUUUCUCGCGUCACAGCUGAGCCAGUAAGUAUUCCAGAAGGCCCAGUGACCUACGCGCAUUUACGACAGGGAGAAGUUCGUGAUCAUGGCACGGGCUUCUAUGCCUUCUCGGCCGACGCGGAGCAGCGCUUAGCGGAGCAGGCAGCGUUGCGUGAGCUGCGUCGUCGGACCGAGCGAGCACGAGAGCGAGUAGAAGAGGAGCGUGCAAAGCGCACUGUUGCAAUGGGUCGGCGGUUGGCGCAGCUGCGUGCUCGCAAAGGGCUUCCAGACGUAGCCACGGCCGCCGCCAACUUGCUCGAGAAGAACGUCGCCCCGUCGCAGCCAUCACCAACCCCUCCUUCACCGCCUCCACCUGUCUCUGAGGGUGCUAUCGGUGAACAACUGUGCUCCGACGAUCUCGACAUUGCUUCUAUGCUACGUCGUCUGCGUGACGAGGCGGAGGUGAAACAGGCGGCAGCUGCUGCGGCAAUCGCCUCUACCACAGCGACAGGUUCACCACUAAAAGAUACAACUCUUCCCUCCAAUGCGCCGACUCCGUUGUCGAGAAAACGCCCCACAAGAGAGUGGGAUCGUGGGAAGUCUUUCAUUUCCCCACCGCCUAAAAGUCGCUUUACUACCUAUACGCAAAAACUGACUGACGAAAGGAAUCCGGACGACUCACGUUGCUGUCGAACUUGGAAGAUCAUCAUCAAUGAGUGCACCACGUUUACCAACAAUCUGAUCUUACAGUGCCAAGCGCAUCGACACCAAGUUAACUUCGUGCCUUCGUUUGGGAGUCCGCAUUCGAGAUAUAAUUGCUAUCCAGUGCAGGACAUCCUUGGCGGUGAUGUCGCGUUGGGCUUCCCUACUCAUGAUCCAUGUGUUUUCGAUUCUGCAGUUGGAUACCUCACGGAAGCACUAGGCGUGAGUCUGUAG